AUGGACAUGGGAGAUAGUUCCAGUGUUCUGGAAUUGACUAAUCUCAAGACUCCUAGUAGAGGAGCUGUAGUAUGUCAGGAAUUGGCUCCUGGUUUGGAUCCCGGAAAUGAGGUUUCCUCAGGCAAACCCCCCACCAUGGCAGAAACAGGCCAUUCCCGAUUUGACCCAAUGCUUGCAAAGACUUAUAUCCUAAGAGAUAUAGCACUGAAGAAAUUUGGCAUAGAACUCCCGUUUUUUGAAGCAACAAUACAUUCCUCCGAUAUUUUGCAAAGCUUCGGUAUAGAGGAUGAUUACGGUGGCAGUAAACCUGCCAUCAACAAUACGGAAACAGACAAACCGUCUGUUACGCAUCACUCCUGUGAGAUCAAUCUAGAAAAAAGUAUUCAUGUACUUCUGGAACGUUUGUUAGGAAUCAACACAAUGACUGGCACGAUAAGUAUUCUAGAUUCAUCUGAAAUCGCGGCAGGCAACAAUGGACAACAAACUCUGGGCACACCUAUUCCCCUUUUUGAUGGCGAUUCACCUAUGCUGGAAAUUGGGCGGAUCAUUGGCAUUGACGAGUAUUUGGAGUCAUGGGAUGGAAACCAAACUAGUUACACCUCCCCUAUGAGCACGCUUUUGAGAAAGGAGGCACCGUCUCUGGGUUAUUUUGCAGCAAAAAUGUUCAGUCUUUGA